CAAGAACAAGAAUUUAAAAAAACCAAACAAAAAAAACGAAACUUUUCCCCAAAUUGAACAAAAACACAAAACCCUAACCAAAAAAAUUCAAAUUUUUUCUUCAAAUCAGAAAAAUCUCUUCGCAAAAAUCCCCAAUUUUUCUUCAAUUCAAUGGACGGAAUGGAAGACGAUUCAAGAUACCCGUCAAAAGGGUAUCCUUUACGACGCAAGAACCCUAAUCUUCGUCAAAAACACCCAAUUCGUAACUUACAAUAUCAACGCUACAACGAUCGCGAAGAAGAUUUCGAAGACGAUGAACCCGAAGAAUUCGAUGAUUAUAACGUAGAUGAAGACGGAAUUGGAAAUGGGUAUGUUGGGAAUUUUGAACAAAAUGAUGGGUUUGUUAGAAAAAAGAGAAAAAUGCGAAGCGGCCCUAGUGGCGGUUUUGGUGGUGGUUCUGUGUCGAAUUAUGAAUUGUUACCAUGGGGCAGUGGUAAAUUUUCGAACUUUAAUCGUGGUGGUAGUUCGAGUUCUGUCCAUUCCUCUGGGUCGGAGGAAUGGACAGAACACGCGACGUUUGUGUUGUUAGAGAUAUGGGGUGAGAAGUUUCUUCAAAUUGGUAGGAAUAGUUUGAGAUCAGAGGAAUGGCAUGAUGUUGCUGAGAAAGUUUCUGAGGAGUUGAAAGUUGAAAGGAAUGUGGCACAGUGUAGGAGUGUAUUGGAUAAGGUGAAGAGGAGAUAUAAGAAAGAGAAGAGUAGAAUGGAUGAAAUGGGUUUGGGAUUAAGUUCUUGUAAAUGGCCAUUUUUCAAGAAGAUGGAUAUGUUGAUGUCGUCGAGUGCAAGGCAAGAGUAUGGACUUGCGUGUGGUGUUGAUUCUGGGGAGUAUGUGUUUAUGAAUACGAGGGUUUAUUUGAAUAGGUCGAAUGGUUUUGAUGAGAUGAGGGAUAGUCCUGGCGAGUCUGAGAGUUCUGAGGAUGAUGAGGAUGAGGAUUUUGAUGGUGACGAGGAUGAUGUCGAUAGGGAAGAGGAGGAGGCUUCAUAUAGGAUUUUGGCUGAUUCGAUUCAGAAAUUUGGGAAUAUAUAUGAGAAGAUUGAGAAUACUAAGAGGCAACAGAUGAUGGAGUUGGAGAAGGUGAGAUUGGAUUUUAAUAGGGAAUUGGAGUUGCAGAAGAAGCAGAUUUUGGAUAGGGCUCAGGCUGAAAUAUCGAAAAUACAGGAAGCAGUAGAUGAUGCCGAUGGUGAUGAUGAGGACACAGACACUUCUGCUGAUAAUCUCAGUGAAUAAUGUAGGUAUUAAAUAUCUUGGAAAGCGUAAUGAUUUCUGAAAGAGUGCACCAGUUUUGGAGGCAAGAUUGCAUAGAAGUAUGAAGGUUGUCAACUCAUUUGUGUUCUCUGACUGUGGAAGUUGAUUAAAUAUAGUAAUAAUAUUUUUGUAAUAUUAACCUGCAAAUUGCUGUGCAAUUGUAACAAGCUGCUGCAAAUUUCAUUAACCCUAUUCAGCUGAAUAUAAGCUUUCAUCUUUUUAUUCAAGUUGUAUAACUAGAAGCUUAAUGCUGAUUGUAUGAUAAACUAGUCAUUUGUUGAAUUUUCAAUUACUGCUCUCUGGAUUUGCUAA